AUGAAUGUAUUUGAUCGACCAAGAAAAAAACGACAUUCAUUAUCAUCGUUAUCAUUAUCAUUAUCAUCUUCCAAUACAGUAUAUAAUCCAUUAACGUCACCAAGUCCAUCACCAACUUCAACAAUAUCAUCCGUUUCAACAUCAUCAUCUUCAUCAUCAUCAUCAUCAACAACAACUUCACCAUUGACAGAUAUUGGCAAUAAACCAAAAGCAGACACCUUUUUUUAUGACCAUAUCAACCUUUCUGUACAAGAUCAUGAUAUAUUUGAUCCAGCAUGGAUACCAUUAUGGGAAUCUUUUGAUAAUAGACCAAGUAUACGAGUCAUUUGGAAAGGAUCACCACUUUCUAUUCAACAUUUACCUUAUUAUCAACAAUUACACACCAAUGAACAAAGUAUUGCAUCCACCUUACGAUUGACGCCAGAACAAUAUUUGAAAUGUAAACGAGCCUUGAUUUUAUCCGCCAAAGUCUUUCAUCAACAUGGUUUACCUUUUCGAAAAUCAGAUGCUCAAAAGGUAUGUCGAAUAGAUGUCAAUAAGACAAGUUGUCUUUGGGGUGCUUUCAAUCGUCUAGGCUGGUUUUAUCCAAGGUGA